CGCUGGUGGGUCAUCAUCAUCAUCAUCAUCAUGGAGGGACAGCAGAGGACUGCAGCCCAGUGAAGAGGACCGAAGCGCCGCAUUCCGCCUCUCACGUCUCGCCCGCUGUAUCACCAUCAUUAUUAUUAUUAUUAUUUUCAAUCGGUGGAUUAGCAACCCCCACCAAGGAACCUCCCCCGUCCCCCUUCACCUCCACCCCGUCUCCGAGCGGUGACCGCGGCCGAGAUGAAGCAUUUUCUGAGAGUGGUGACACAGUUCUUCGUGUUCCUCUACUGUAAAUGUCUGUGGCGCGGCCUCAAGUUCGUCGCCAGGAAGUUCACGGGCCGCUGCGAGCUGCAGCGAAUCUGCUACAACAAGAAGCCCGGAGCUCGCAGGACCCACAAGAUAGAAUCUUCCCUGAGGUACUCCAAGAAUGAGCUGCUGCAGUCCGCCCUCAGCGUCCACCCCGACAAAGUGGAGAAAACCAUCGACGACAUCAUGGCGCUGAAGAAGAUCAAUCUUGACACCAACCCCCAGUUGAGCAUCUCUCUCCAGGCCAGCCUGCUGCAGAUCGUGGGCUACAGGAGUCUGGUGGCGGAGGUGGAGAAGCUGCGCAGGGAGCCGUACGACUGCGAGAACCCCGAGCACGAGGACAUGCUGAUGAAGCUGUGGAAGGAGCUGCGCCCGGACAGCCCUCUCGCCGGUCGCAUCUCUAAGCAGUGGUGUGAAAUCGGUUUCCAAGGCAGCGACCCUAAGACGGACUUCAGAGGCAUGGGCCUGCUGGGCCUGCACAACCUGCUGUAUUUCGCAGAACACGAUAAAGCCACUGCCCUGCAGAUGCUCCACGACUCCCUGCAACCCAAGCAAAAGAGCACACACAGAAAACCAAGUGAGAUUAACAAGCCGGAAUGGGAACAGAAGAACAUCGACAAAGCCAUUGGGUACUCGUUUGCCAUCGUGGGCAUCAACAUCACGGACCUGGCCUACUCACUGCUGGUGAGCGGAGCUCUGAAGACCCACCUGUACAACGUGGCCCCCGAGAUGCCGAGCCUGCAGCACGUCCAGCAGACCUUCUGUUACCUGAUGCAGGAGUUUCACCGUUUCUGGAUCGAGGAGGAUCCCAGCGACAUCAUGGAGUUCAACCGGGUCCGCUCCAAGUUCCACCGGAGGAUCCUGCGACAGCUGAAGAACCCGGACAUGGCUCUGUGCCCCCACUUCUCCGCCUCCAACCUCCACCUGGUCAACCUCUAAGCCCCCACCCACCCCCUCCACCCUCCAUCGCACCGCCCUCACUGUAUCCCUCACUCCCCCCCCCCACCAAAAAAAAACCUUUUCCCCUCACAUAGAUGGUCCCUCAAACCGCUGGAAACAUCUGGGGAGACUCUCAGCCCACCUCGUCCAAGCUAGCGUCGCGUCGCGUCACUGCCAAAAGCUCACUCAGCCGCUGCGCACACACACGCGCGCACACACACACACACACACACACACACACACAUAUAUAUAUAUGUACACGUGUACACACACACUGCCUCUACUCCCUCACAGCAGCGUUACACCACCAGCAUCAGAUGACCGUAGCGAUUGUAGCUGCGCCACACAACUCAUCAUUCUUGCUUUAAUUAGUAGUGACGAUUGUAUCACAGCCAUUAUGGACCCGUGUGCUUAUUAUUAUAACAAACCAAAUUUACUUUCAUAAGCCCCCCCCACCCCCCCUGUUAGAUAUUAGAUAUAGAUUAAACGUUGUGCUCAUCGGUUCAGAAUAUUCUGGCAACGUUGGGUUUUCAGACACACAAAUCUAAAUGUGAAAAUUCAAAAUGAAGAUCUAUGGAUAUUUAAUAAUACGUUUUAAUAGCGUAAAACAAAUGUUGCUGGCCCUUAUUCAAUCAAAAGCUAUCUAACAAUAUGGACAGUUUCAUCUUUUAGCGUAGUAAUCGAUAUACAGAUUGUACUGUACUUUUUGUCAAUGAAACAAAAAAGACUUCUUGCCAAAUUCUGAAUGUGGAGAAUUUACAGUCAGAGCCGAAACUUUUGUUUCGGUUUGUUUCGUGAACCUUUAAACCUGCGAUGUUCAGAAUGACUUGAAAACCUGUCACACACAUCGAUGAAGAGGAAUCGAGCAGCACAGUUCCCAGUUUGGAUCAAACAAAGAGCUUCUUCUUCUUCAUCUCGUAACCAUUUUCUUUAACAUCCGGGAAAAUGAUCUCAAAUUUCGUUGUACAGGUUUUCAGCCUGUACAUUUGCCUUUGCUUUAAGCCCGUGCAGAAUUUCUGUUUUGAAUGUUCCUCGCGCGAUCACACUCACGAUUGUUUCACUCUAUUUCAGUUCAUUGAAUGUGACACUGUGUCCACUGUUGUAUCAGCCAAAGCAAUAAUUCACUUUUAUUUUCAAACGUAGAUUGAUUUGCGACAUGCGUGCCUAAGUGUUUCAUUUUAAAAUGAGUUCGUAGCUGCUUCACAGAACCUUCUUAUGGAGAAUCGUAACGUUCUAGACUAUGAAUGUGGUCACAGCAUCAAGUAUUAACUCGGCAACACUCGAGAGCUGACAGUGAAAAUGUUAAAAAUGCUGAAGAUAGAAGCGUUGACCGGCCAGUCAUCGCAGGAAGAAGGAUGUUUCGGUAACGUGGUAUUCUUAGAUUCACUGACAGCUUUCUGCAGCUGACUGCCAUCACGUGUUCAACACUCUUAUUCCUUUUCACCAUUAAUCUCCUCCUCCAUUUGAAGUACACGUUUCAGACUAACGGCACGCGGAAGUUAAAAGCGGAUGGAAAAAUGCAUCACAAUUACUGUAAUACCAAAAAUAAGAUGUCAAUACACCUCAAUAAAAAUAACUUCUACAAACCUGUCAAUCACAAGGUGGCCACGUCCAAAACGGAACACUUGAAACCAGUCGUUUGGACCGUAGACUAGACAACGGACGCCGAUGGCCUUCAGGAAGAAUUCAAGUUCAAAUGAACGAAAAACACCCAACGUUGACGCUCCGCGGAGCAUUAGUCCGACUGACGCCUCAUCAUCUGACGCGCGUUGUUUCUUCAGCGGGCCGCUGUGCUUCACAUGAACGAGCACUUUGUGUACGACCUCGUUUCACUGCCGUGAUUGUGUUUUAUUGGUGUAGAGCGUCUCCUCCCCACUGAGGUUGGACGCCGAUGCUUCUCGGUAGUGUCAUGCUGGCUUCAUCUCCUGCUUGCUUCUUGCUUUGCACUAAUUGUCAGAAUAUAAAUGCAGUUUCCUUUAUGAUAACAGACCAGUAAUUUGUGGUGUUAGGAGCAUACGGUGCUGUAGUUAAGUUAGGUAUUGCAUAUGCUUUUAAAACCGCCUUUAAGACCACAGUCUGCAUGAUGGUAUUUUCACGGCAUUGUGUAUUCAAACCCUAAUGUAAGAGUAAUUAUUGUAAACGUGUGCUUCAUUUGUCCGUGCUGUAUUUUUUGAGACCACAGUAAAGAAUAAAUAAUAUCAUUGUUAUCCGAUCUGAAACUUCA